AUGCAACAAGAUAUCGUCAACGAUCACCAGGAGGAGGCCCAAGGGUGGAAGUGGGAACAAAUCAAAGAGAUAAUUGAAUCGGGGGAGCUUGCCCGUUUGAAACGAAGUCGCCAGAUGACUGACAAAUACCACGAGCAUAAGAAAAGGACUGCUGGCCUGGACAUGAACCAGUACGUUUUGCAAAAACUAGGCUGGUCGCUAGACGAACCGCAGCUCGAAAAUGCUGCCGCGAAGGCUUUUAGUUCUUCUACUCUAUAUGCUGUGCGUGCCAACGAUUUCCCGUAUAACUUCGAGCCUGGUGUUGUACACCUUGUUCUCUGGUCCAAGGUUGCCCUGCCAGUACAUUCCCCAGAUAAGGCCGUGCGCGAAGCGGCCCGCGCUCGCAUGAAUGCAUUUUUGCAGGCACAGCCGCUACUGCGUCCACUUCUAAGCUCGGGUCACGUGGCCUGGUUUGUCAACUACCCGGAACUACAAAGUGUUGCCCGGAUUUUCCACGCUCACGUGCUGCUUUUCUUCCCACGGGAACGCUAUUCCGCGGAACAGGUAAAAACGACCGUUGAUGAUAUCCUUUCACACGGUUUCGAGCCACUUGCCUGA